AUGGACUCGAAACAAGCCAUAGGUUCGAGCAAGAGCCACACGUCAGUCGUUGGGAGGGGCAACUACGCAACCAACCUGGGCAAGUUUGCCAAGAAAACCUGCUCGCACGAAGAUCUCGCCAGAAAAGUUUACAAAAAAAAUGACAUUUCACUGAAAGAAGUUCAAAAAAUGCGAAAGAAUUCUGCGGCUCAGCUCUCUGGUGCGGGCAUUCAAAGAAUUCCCAUAUCAAACGACGUCACAUACUUCGCUAAAUCAUCGCCGGACUCGAAAAGUUCAAUGUUACCUUCGCAAAAAACAUCUAGCUAUCAAUCGAGUGUGCAAGUAGUCAAGCAACAACCGCAACUACCUCAACAAUCCCAGCAGCAGCAACAAUACAAUAAUAUUAGGAGCACCGCACAACAACAACUGCAACAAUUGAAACAACAACAAAUUAAUCUGCAGCACAAGCAGCAACUUCUAAAACAGCAAACUCAACAAAUUCAACAAAGAAGUAGCCGGCAUUUUGUUCACCAUCCAAACAACAACAACAACAGCAUCAACAGUAGCAGUAACAUCAGUAACAGCAGUAGCAACAACAACAACAACAACAAUAGCAACAACAACAUCUCUAUCAACGGCAACAUUUCCACGUUCGAACAAAACUUGAAAGCACGAAACAUCAAAAAGAUACAACAAAUGCUUGAAGAAAAAUUGUCAAUUAACAACAACAACAGCAGUUUAAUGCAUAAAUCAAAUUUCAGCGCAAUUUCUUCUUCAUUAUCAUCCUCACCGUCAACGAUGAACUCCCCUGUUUACAACGUCAGCAACAACUCCAACAACAACAACGCAAUCAUAAAGCCAUUGCCAAACAAGAUGAUUGUUAAAAAUGUUACAAUAUCUAAGAUACCAGUCGUUGAUACGCCCAAAAAGUUUACUUCAUCGUCACAACCACAUCGAAAGCAAGUGAAAAUUCAAAUUGAUACUAAAAAUUAUAAUGAUUUCAAAUGUGUUAUUUCUUUUAUGAGCACAUUUAACAACAAUGUUCUCAACUUGAAACUCCUUUGUUCAAAAGUGAUCACCGUCAUCUUUCUAGCUUCCAACGACUCAUUAUUUCUUCUCCAUAUUUCUUCAUGCUUCUCCAUCACGUUGUUGCUGGACAAGAUGAAAAUUUUGCAGCAAAACUGGAUCCGUUCAUAUAAAUCAUGCAUGUACACAGUUGUACACAGAGUUCUUCUUGUUGGCUCAGCAACGCUAGCUAAAUCUAAUGCGGAUAUUCAAAAUAGCAUCAACAGACUUGAUGCAUUUUCCAUGUUUUCACAAAAAACUUGUCAUUCAACCGUAGAAAUGAGAAAUGAUUUUCCACCAUCUGAACUAACUGACAGACCAUGUGAUGCACCAGUGACAACUAUGAUAGAUUGUGGUACUUUGAAUCUCCGUAGUGCCAAUAAUGUAGAAUCUUCAGCAAUUAAAAAUGCUGAACCACAAGAAAAAAGAAGACAGAAAAACAAAAAAAAAAUCUUGUGCUAG